AUGAGUGCACAUCACCGAUAUAAAAAAAGACCAAGGUAUGAAACGGAAACGGAUAGCAGCAGUGACAUUUCGAACAGCUGCUUAGCAAUAUGGAAAGCAAUAGAAGAUAACUUCAGCAACCUGAUAAACCCGGAAAUAUAUGAUUCAGAUGAACAGGACACCUAUGCGUGUUUCCAUGGUUCGACUGACCGACGAGAUGCAGGAGAUUCAGCGAUAGAAUAUUGUAUUCUUCUGGCAGAGGACUUCAUUUCGUGGAUCAAAAAAUUUAAUGAGAGGCGUGAAUAUGCUUUCACAUCUCGUAUCCAGAAGUACACUACCUCGCCCACACUACUGACCUUUCAACAGCAGGAGAGCAAGAAGAGCGCACUUUUUCAAUUAGUGAACAAUGUUCUCAAGAAUACGAUCAGAGACAACCCUGCAAAUCUUGAGACUGCUCACAGUGAUUCGUCCAGCCAGCUUGGACAUGCCCCCAAAACCGACAUAAUGCAGUCGGCCCUAGCAACCACACUAACAUCACUGAUGUCACAACUACAGACAAAAUGGGAGGAAAUAGAAAGACAAAUUCAGCCGAUUGAUCCAAUCGAACACCAGAAUUUCUUAUUUCGGGAUCUUCCCAUAACCAGUGUGUGGAUGACCACCCUAAACAAACUGACCGAUGUGCAACGUCGAUCAGCAUCGAAUUAUUACCAGACUAAACUGAAACAAAUUGAACUGCAUUCACGGACGUUUACAAUGAUGACCCAAUUACUGGAGCGGAUUCAGAGUGCACAGCCACUUGAAGAGGCUGUGCAAACGACAGUCACCCAAUAUCUCCAAGAGGUGGGUGAAUUGGAAAACAGCUGUCACGUCCUUUGGCUGCGUUUACUCGAAUUAACCCUGUGCAUCGACGAAAACUUUUUGCAGAAUUUGAACCUGACUACUUAUCUACCACGUAUGAGUAGCCAAAACAAAGACCAAUAUUUCCUCACCAAGGGCUUAGCCGGAAAUAGGUCGCCUGCAGUUCCCUAUUCAGAUGACCCUGGGCAAAAAAUACACUGCAACAUCCUUAUCAACCCGUUGGAGGACUCAAGGCCUUUAAUGGACUUAAGGGCGGACAGUGACCUCUUCUUCCUUCCAACGCUAAGAAAUUUCUUAUCGCCAAACGUAGCACACAGAAAUGGUCCUGAGAGCGGAUUUGAGUCAGAACUCAGUCCACAGUCAAACAUUGCCGGAAAAUGUCGGCAAACUGUAAGAGGCUGUGCCGAAGUUCAAUGGCGUCAUUCUAAAUCUUCGUUGUAUGGCUCCACAUGGCCCUCAACCCUGGGUGCUGGCCGUCCAAGUUCAUGUAUUGGCUUAUACUCAGAAACUCUCGCUGACGGCAACGCACAUGGUCUGAAUCGCCAAGCUUUGGGUGAACGAAGCAAGAACUGCCACACACAAGUUGAAUUGAAAAGCGCCAAAUAUCCCUGCGCCAUAAUGUCUGACACAGAAGCUAAGAGCUAUGGUGUCUCACUGCAAAACGAAGUCAGGUUCUUUUCGCUGACAAACCCGUUCAUAAACGGGGGAGAUGUGGAGCAUUUAGGAUUGCAAAAAGCUAAUGAAUUGGAAAAGGUUUAUCAGCACAAUGGCUUUCAGAAGGUAAACAACGGCAGUGUGAUUAGACGUCGUCGAGUGAAGAGAAAACAAGACGUUAGUGGCAAAAAACACCGAAAUAUUUCAAGAUUUCCUCAGUUUGAUGCCUCAACCAGAUGCCCAGCUACCGCACGUUCAACACCGGUGACGAAUAACUGCUUCAAAGAUCUGAGUUCGGGAUCGGAUUCAAGUCUCUCAACUUCCUCGACAAACAGUGAUAUGCCGCCAAGUCUUAGAAGCUCUGAGAAUCAACGGGAACCGGAAUCUGAGAUGUGUACCCACUCGACGAACGACUGGGAAAUAUGUGAGCCCGCAGCUAGCUCGUUCGAAGAAACUCGAUCUGCUGUCGAAUGUCAAAGGAAUGCUGGAGAGAGCUCACAUCAUGCUGUCAACCGUAAACCAUUCAAGGUCCCCUCAAAUAGAAAAUCAAGAAGGAAGAGGGCACGGCUAAUUCAUUCAUCACCCACCCUACCGCACGACCUUCUUACAAAUUCCGAAUGCGCGUCACAAAGGAAUGCGAUUCGCACUAUGCAAGAAAAACUGAAACAUGCAAGAAUUACUCCGAGUUAUACCAUCCCCAACGUGAAGCGUUACACUGAUCCAGAGGCUACCACAAGCAGUAAUUCUUCACUUGCUGGGGACGCAAGUGAACUGGAACAAAUGGGCUGGCGUAGGCAAAUUCGAUCUUUCCUUGAUGCCGCCUCACGAGCAGAAGCCAUGAUUCGCAGCCAGCGUGGAUCUGAUAGUUUGAAGCAGUGGUUGGACAGUUUAAACCCCCAUCUAAUAAGACCAGAUGAGCCCAGUGAGAAUCCACAAGGUGAUACAGAAAGGCAACGUCUUCAAAGUGGAACGAGCACAAAGAGUUCUAUCCUUUCCAAACAUUCUACGGAUCCUGAUUUAUCAAAUAUAAGUCCGUCGAAGGUGCUUGAUGUUCAUGAGCCCCUGAUGAACUAUUGGGACAAUUAUCAAGUGCCACUGUAUUCAAGCUCUAGUGAAACGGGAGCGCGUGAGCCACCAACAACCUAUGCAGAAGAAUUUCCCUGGGAUGACGUUGGAAACCCACUGACUGAUCCCAGUCAAGAUGAACUUGUGACUGAAGAACCAAAUGUGCCAGAUAACGUGCCAACCAGUUACAGGCCAUUUUGCUCACCCAUCACAUCUGACACGCAUCCGAGACUACAUGGCGCCAGCAGCUCGACCGUGGGCAGAGAGGACACUAUGGAUUUAUCCACGACAACCUCAGUUUUGUUCAAUCAGAAAUCUAGCAGUAUGGAAGCAAGUUUCGAGGUUUGCAGUCCAUCGAUUGUGACGAUUGAUUCACAAGCAAAUGCUGACCAAUACUGUCCCACUGGUUCACUUCGACGCACUCCAAGUCCUUCAUUGAUUUACGGAUUACGAACUCACCCUGACGGUGGUUCACAACAUCGGAUCGAUCGAGAACCAGCAAGCCAAACACCUGUGGGUACGGAUACAAAUCAAACGAGGACACCGGUAAGAUUCCUGUCACUGGAACCCGAGUAUCCAAGCAGCAACAGCACAAGGCACUUCCAUACAUUGCCACGAGUCGUCCCAAAACCGAGAAUUCGGUACAACAGUACAAACAUGCAAGAAGGUGGCCUCAAUUCUGCACCUAUCCGGUGUUCGAGUGCUUUAAGUUUGGAAGAGUUGAAACACCUGAGAAACAAAUGGCUGUGUAGUGAUAUUAUUGUGUGGUCAAAACAGCAACUGACAGACCUAAUGUGCUCAUUGCGUCGCACACUUACUACACCGGUGUUGGCUACUACUGCCUGCAAACACGACGUUGGGACUUCCGUCCGAGAUGGGGCUCAAACAUGGCUUCAAUGGCAAAAUGACGUUUCCGAAAUCAUCCGCUCAGCGGAAUGGAAUCUAAAAGUCCUCGUUGAUCACACGUCUUACCAUAACAACGAACAAGGGUCAGAUAGUUCUUCCAACCAAGAUAUUCUCUUCCCAAAGCUUUUUAAUCCCGAAGCUGCCUCCCUUCAAGAGCAGUGGAAGGAAAUAAUCGAGAAUGCUCGGUACUGGCUUCUACAUUCUUGCUCCAGCGAGACACUGCGUCAGCAGCUGCAAGUUCUGCACGAAAAAAUACUGGACAUUGCCGGCUCUGUUCGUCAAUUGUCUAACAGGAUGCCACGACAGGAUGUAAAUAACCCGAAAAAUGAAUCCGAAGAUCCUUGGACAAGCGAACAUGCCUCGAUCCAAAACAUGAUACAGAGAUACCUCUCCGAACUGAGACGCCUGAGUGGACAAAUGCAGCGGCUUUAUGGAAAGUUCGAGCGGCGCUUUUUCCGACAACAGCACAUGUCACUGGCAGAGGAUGCAGUUCGCACGUUUGCCAUAACCAACUCAGAACUUCGAGGACAACUGGAGUGUCUUAACUCGCAGCUUUUAGCAACCCAGGAAAGACUUACCCGAGUCACCCGGGUGGACGUUUCCAGGAGAACAUCGAGCAAUCUGUCAACCAGUCGUUCUUCCCAAUACCGGUCAGAUGUAUCCGAGGGAGCGUCCCCGAAAAGGAUCUGUACCUGCUGCGUGGGUUGCGAAGACGUCGCCUACCUCGGACCGUAUUCUUCCAGACCACCACCAAAAACCACCUGGUACGGGAAGCACAUUACAAAAUGUGGCCGCAGAUACAUUAUUGUCCUAGUGGCGGGUGGUCUGGUGUUCCUGUCGUGUUUGUGUUGCUACAUUAUGAUGAAAGUAGCUUCCUGUGACUCGUCUCCCGAAACCUGGAGAGCAGUAUUUAUCAUUCUUGGAGAGUGGUUUCCUUUUUUAUUUGAUACUUCCCCCUUUCCAUGCCCACUAAGACGAGAACGUUUAUCAGGCAUUUUGGACUACACGUAUGGUUCUAGCCCUAUCUGAACAUCCGUUCCUUUUUGAUCGUCCUUUGACCAUCUGUACACAAAUUCAGUGAACCUCUUGACAAGUGAAUCAUCUGUGAAAAAUCAUCUUAUCGGCACCAAUGCGUGUAUAUGUGCAAUCCUCAGUCCCUACGUUGCCUUAAGUUUAUCGAGACACUUUUUCAUACUGUGGUUUUUACUUCUUUCUUACCAGUGUUCUCCGUGCGAGUUACUCAAAGCAUCCCUAAUUUGCAUGCAAUCUUCACUCAUAUUUCUGCAUGAUUAAAUAUAGCCUAUAGAUUUUUCGACGCUAUUCAGCGGUGCAGACGUGAAUGUGGUAUUCAUUCUUUGAAAAUUUGUCCGCUAGAAGUAUUCGAAUAAAGAUGAA